CUUACCUCUACCCACAGGAGGCUCAAGAAUGGCUCGCGGCGUUCGAAAAGUGUUCUCCCCGCGCCUGGAUCCUCACCGAUGGCGAGACGGGGAAAUUCAUCCUCUUCGAACCCGGCGGCCGCCCACGAGCCCCAAAGCACGCCCCCGCCUCCGGGCGCAGAUCCAACAACAACAACAAGACACGUCCCCGGCCCGCGCCGGGGUCGACGCUCGCGGCGCCGGUCAGCGCGGCCGAGCUGGGCGUGCUGGAGGCUUUCGAGCGGCAGCUGGCCGAUGGGCGCAUCACGGCGGAGUUCUUCCAGGUCGUGCUGCUCGUGCACACGCUUUCCGCGCAGGAGACGGAUGGGAUCGCGCGUGAAGCGAGCGCGGGGAAGCGCCGCAAAAAGAUCCCGGGCCCUGAUGCUACUUGGAAGCAGCACCAGCAGCAGCAUCAGCAGCCACAGCAGCCGGGGCAGAUUGUGCCCAAGAAGCCGAUUCGUCUUCCUCAGUUUAAGCGCGUUGUCCGCCAAGACCAACAGGAGCAGCAGCAGCAGCAGCCGGAGCGCGACCCCGACGCCCGGCGCUGGUAUCACCCGAUCCUGUUUGUCCUCGGGCUGUACUGUGUGUUCACGCUCGUGCCCCCGCUGGUGUGCAUCCGCUUUGCGUGGAAGCCGCUGCUGAUUCUCUGCAUCUUCUCCUCCGGGGUGGUGAUGCUGGCCGACCUCUGAGUUGUUUUCGCCAGUCC